GCGUCACGGUUACAUUAAACAUAUGUUCAUUAUUUUUGGAAGAAAACAACACGUAGCAUUUAUAAAUAUUUUUGUAUUUGUCACGAAAAUACUCAUGUAAAGGAAUUCCGAAUUUUAACACGAAAAUGGAGAUCUUCUACGUGAUAAUUACGAAAAUAGCCUUCUUGCUUCCUUUGAUAAUUGCUGCUGCGUCCCAUGAAGCCAAAGAUUUUGACGAUUCAAUUUUGUACAAAAUUGAUUUUGAAGUGCCGGAACUGAUAGGACAACCUGAUUUGGGCAAUCAACUGCGAACAUUCUACACACCGGAUAAGGAGAAAUACGACUGUUUGAUUCCCACAUUGGAGCACCAGAAGGAGGAGGAAAAGUCAGACAAGCCGGAAUUGUCCCCUAUUAGCCUGCUGCAGCCCAUUUUUUCCGCAUUGACUUGUACUUACCGCAUCGAAGCAUAUUGGUCCUAUGAGAUCUGCCACGGUCAUCAUGUGCGUCAGUAUCACGAGGAGCGCGAGGGAAAGAACGUCAAGUUCCAGGAGUACUACCUGGGUAAAUGGACAGAUGAUAAGACGGAAUGGCGAACAAAGGCCUGGGAAUCGGACCUCAACGCGGGUGUUAAGCCAAAGUACAAGAGCCUGAAGAUCGACAACACACGAUAUCCAUAUUUUGAAAUGGAAUACAGCGACGGCACCAUGUGCGAUAUAAUUAGCGCUCCUCGCACCACGAUGGUGCGUUAUGUGUGCUAUCCGCAUGGCAAAGACGAUAUCUAUUCCUUUAAGGAAACCUCCUCCUGCAAUUACGAGGCCAUAAUUCUCUCCUCGACGUUGUGCGCCAUCCGUGGCUUUCAUGCCGAGGAGUCCAAGGAGCUGUCCAUUCAAUGUUUUAACUCAGAUUCUGAGCCGCAUAGACCACUAAGUAUGCUGCGAUCGGAACUAAAUGAAUGGGCAGAGUCUGAGACGGAUUUACUGCUUUCCAAAGAAAAAGAAGGAAAAGCACCAGCUAAACUUUGGCCAAAGGCGGAAGGUGACAUGGUAACGUUUAAAUUCAGCGGAGAUAUGGACAAAGUCAUUCUGGAAAUGUUUAAUAAUGGAGAAAUCGAGGUAGACGGUGAUUACCAGCAGCUUCUUCUAUCGAGAGCGGCCUCUGGAACGGGGCCCACACCCAUCUCCGAUUUGACCCCCAUCAGGAACUUCAUUUCUGGCAAGAAAUGCCUAAUUGGAGGCAAUGGCUGGUGGAAAUACGAGUUCUGCUACGGGCGACAUGUACGUCAGUUCCACAAGGACAAAAAUAGCGAAGUUGAGCUCUUUCUGGGCUAUUUCUCAGAGGAAGAGCAUAGGUCUUGGGCUAAUGCCAACCCGGAAAAAGGUGUCCGUCGUGCCGGCUAUUCGUCUUCCAUUUGGCAUCAUUAUGGGAAAGGAACCCAUUGCGACCGCACUGGAUUGGAUCGCGAAGUGGAUGUGAGGUUAACCUGUACGCCGGUAUCCAACAGCGGUACAGCUGUAUCUAUGUAUCUGCUGGAGCCGAAGACAUGUCAAUAUAUUCUGGUUGUGGAGUCGCCCACAAUUUGUGAUCUUAUGCAAUACGCUGAUAACCAUGGCCUGGUAAAGGAGGAGCAUUUGCAAAAGGUUCUGUUGACUGACACCGACAAACCUCCAACAACUGCAGCUCCAGCUCCCACCUCGAGCCCAGAGGAGGAGAUUCGGUCUUAGGCUGACAUUGUAUUCUAGUAAAUUACUUUUAAAUACAUUGAUCGUAAUGUUACGUCGUUAUUGACAAGGGAUGGUGCACACACUUUUCUAUGAAUGUCCAGUAACAACUGAUAAGAAAUGAUUAGUAACAGAAGUGGGUGUAAUAAUAUGGAGAAUUCAAAUAUAUCUUUCUAAGCAAUGAUA